UUCCAGGGUGACUUCCGCGACUUCCAGGCUUCCAGCGACUCUCCUCCAUCAUCGAUUAUAUUCCAUCAGCCUCCAUCACCGACUCUCCUCAAUGGAACAAAUGAGAGAUAAUAAUAUCCGCGACUACGAAGACGAUCCAUCCAAGGACCCCAAACGAAAAGCCAGCUCUAAUGAUCCCGGAUGGAAAUAUGGUUUUUGGCCAAAUAUGAACAACAAAAAUCUGAUGGAGUGUACAUUAUGCCACAUAAGUUUGCUUUGGUUAUGUCUUUUCAACAUUAUUUCCAAUCAACAUAAAAUCAAAAUAAAUUCAUUUAGAAGUUUUUUUUAUAGAACUUCCAAUAAGUAAAAAAUGAAACAUCGCCGCCCAUAUAUACCCGCCUAGUACAUUCAAGAACACAAUAAAAAUGUCUCUAGCCGCGGGGGAGCGAUCCCUAUUCAAAAACAAAGAAGGCGGCGCCACCACUUCCGCCGCCGAAGCCACCGUCGUGAAACACCGGUUCCUAGGGUUUCUAAUCUGGCAAGCUCUCCAAUCCACCGCAUUCAUCUUCCUCAAGAGUAUACUCUUUUCACCUUUCACUAUAAACCCUCUGAAACCCUCAUUCAUCGGCUUAUUCGCUUUCAUAGCCUUCCACCUCUCACUCCUCCUCUUUGCUUCCGCCGUCUUCGUUCUCUCCACCCCUCACCCUCUCCGCGCAGCUUCUCCACUUGAGCUCCUGCUCGGUUUGGUGCGGAUUGUUUUUGUUCCGAAGUCUAGCUCUCAGCCGCUGCUCUUGCCGGACUUCCAGCGCCGUGCUAGGGUUUCACUCUGUUUUGUUCUGUUUUUGGGGGUUUGUGGUCUUUCUGCGGUGGUGUCCAUUACCUCUGUUUGUUUGAGUACUGAUGCUUUUAGUCAAUUUUGGUCGAGGAGGAUGAUUAUCUGGAAUAUAGGGUUUAGGGGUUUGGGGGUUGGGCUGUUCUAUGGGAUUCACUACGUUCUUAAAAAGAGAUGGAUCCUUCAGUUCCCAAUUGUCCAGCGUCCUCCUUUCUUCAGCUUUAAGAUGGGUAUUCCUUCAGCUAUCAGGCGUGCUGUAAAACUUACAACAAUAGGUUUCUUGUUGGCAUCUCUUCUGUCAUUUGGUCUUCCUAGUGAGCUUAGAGGCCAAAUGACAGCCAUGAAGUUCAUUACUGAGCAUAUAAUAUUCUACAUGGGAACCUUUGUGCUGUUUCUAUGCUGGGAAUUAUCUCAUCAUUUACAUCAGGUUCUGCAAACAAAACGGUUUGUAUUUUCACAUCCAAAAGGUUCUGCAGCAGCUGAAACAAAUCCAAGUGAGCCUCUUCUUGUGACCCUGGAAGAGAGCAUGCCAAGGUCCCUUUUGCAGUAUCUAGCAUAUAUUGACCUUUGCAUGGUUUGUGAGAGUAAUGUUGAUUCUUGGCGCCGAGCUGCAUUUUUUGAAGAAACUGGUGAGACUUACAAAAGGGUAGUGGAUGCAUGCUUGCAACCUUUGGAGAAGUUCACAAGAGGCUUGUGUGAAGUGCUGGAUAGCCCUUGUGGGGACACUUCUUUCCAGUUUUCUUAUCANCUGGAAGAGAGCAUGCCAAGGUCCCUUUUGCAGUAUCUAGCAUAUAUUGACCUUUGCAUGGUUUGUGAGAGUAAUGUUGAUUCUUGGCGCCGAGCUGCAUUUUUUGAAGAAACUGGUGAGACUUACAAAAGGGUAGUGGAUGCAUGCUUGCAACCUUUGGAGAAGUUCACAAGAGGCUUGUGUGAAGUGCUGGAUAGCCCUUGUGGGGACACUUCUUUCCAGUUUUCUUAUCAGCUAAGGCCAUCGCCAGAACUUUUAGUGGACUCAAAACUUUAUGAGUCAUUUGAGGACAACCAGGUACUUGCAUGGUGUGCCAGGGCCACAUCUUCAUUGACCGCAUCGUCGCGCACAGAAGACCGAUAUGGAGUGGCACAACUCUCCGGACGCAAUGCCGCUGUGGUCUCAACACUGUUGUCAGGUUUAUUAGCCGUGGAAGCCCUGAUGGGCAAGAAGACCAACAUAGAAUCCUCCCAUCACCAUCAGAUGGACCCCACCGGGAUCAAAUGGGCAACACUGAACAGCAGCUCUGGGAGAAGAGACCCAACUCCCUCUGGGGUUGCAGGGAGAAGAAAGGGGAGCCUUCUGUACACAAAAGCUUAUUCAAUGGCAGAUGUCCUUAGGACUUCCAUUUACAGCAUUGUGGUCGCGUUCCACGACGAAAUGUCAGCCAGUUUAAGGGCAGGUACCCUAGAGAAGGACUGGAUCGCGGCGCCUCUCUAUGGGACGCGGGAGCUGCUUCUGCAGAAAUUACGCCUAUUUCUCGAUUUCCAAGCUAACUAAUUUGUUUUAGUCUUUCACAGCACAAGAGAGAAUGAUGAAGGGGGGAUGGUUUGGAAAUGGAAACUGUGGUAGGAAAGAAUGUUAUAAUCUAUGAAAAACUGUAACAUUACUUCCUUUCCCCCUCUUUUGUAUGUUGAGUUUUUUUUAAAUAUCAGAAAUCAUCAACAACAACAAAAAAAGUGACUCCAUAUAU